AUGAGAAAGAAUAGCAAGGAGCAAGAGCUUGCUCCUCAGAGGAGAAAACUCCCAAAUAUGUUGGACGUUGGGAACCUCAUGGACUCUAUCGACCACAGCAUUGAGAGUGUCCGAGGGGUGUUCAGAAAAGCAGUCGGAUAUGCUCACAGCAGAGCACGUUUUGCUGCAAAUGGGUACAAGUAUCGAACUCUGCAGAAGUUUGCGCCCACUGAAAGCAUGGGCGGCUAUUCCUCACACCACGGGGUGAGGUCCAGCGAUGGAGAAUCCUCGGAUCCCAGUGAACGGCCAAUGCUGAGCCUGCACUCAAGCAAAUUGUCUUUCUUCGAUGAGUUCAAGAUCGUUUGUGGAGUUCCUGUGUUUGAACUGACACCAAGGCGUGAACCUCCCAUCAACAGCUGGGAACCCUGCGCUCAUGAGGAGGCAUCGAAACAUGGAACCACAGAAGAGGGUUGCUUUCUGACCACAGAGACAGUGACUUGUGUGGCAUUUUCUGACGAUUCCUCAUUGCUUGUUUCUGGACACAGUGAUGGGGCGGUUAGGGUGUGGGAUGCAGAGCAUGGUCACUUGUUGGAUUGUUUGGCAAACAAACACCAGGGCCAAGUCUCCGAUGUGUGUUUUUCUCCUGGUCGGGCAGAUUGCGUGUUGUCAUGCGAUUGGAGUGGCUCAUUGGUGACAUGGGACUUUGGAACUGACCGGACGGACACAGCUGACUGCGGAUUUCGCUGGAGCAACUUUCAUCUUGGGUCACAGCCGUUUGCGCCUCAGUUCUCAUCCUCGGGCAACAUCGUGCUGUUCCCCAUAAAGACCACACUGGCAGAAGAGAGUUUCCGGAAUGAGUCGGAGCUAUCCAGGAGUGUGCUGAGGAUGAAGUCAUUUGCACAGCACGAUGUUGGAAGUACUGGGCACAAUGGGGAUGAGCUGAUUGCUCAAGAAAGUUUAGGUGCGGCACAUGUGACUGAUGGUGGCAAAGCAACAGAUAUUGUGCAGGCCUUCGUACUGUUUGCUUGUGCAACGCACUCUCGAUCCAAGCCAGCAAAGGAGCUGGUUGUGCCGUUGCUGGAUGAAUCUACAAACAGCGGCUCAUUGGCGCCAUUUUUCAAACUGUCGCAAGAUGGGAGGGGCCUGUUGGCUGGCUUCAGCGACCUCAACCGCAGUUUUUUGGUACUGUGGCCUAACUUUUUGGACAAUGAGGAGUUGAGCUAUAGGUUGGAAGCUGGCAACUCCAACAUGGGAGCUUGGCGAAGGGAUGCGCGCAUGGUGGUCACUUGGGGCUUGCAGGUGGACACAGACAGUGGGCUGGAGCAUUCUGAAGAUCCCCCACCAGGGGGUGCUUGUUACGUCUGGGAUUUGACAAAAUUUCAUGGGUCUUCUGCUCCGUACCGCCUUGCGCGUGCUGGCCAUCCCAAAUUUGUAGCCUCAGAACCAAUACUCCUGCAACACCAGAGUGAACAUCAGGUGGUGUGGUGUGAGUUCCUGUGCUUGGAGGGUGACUGGUGUGUGGCGCAGUCUUUGUUAUGCAAGGACAUGAUGGUCAUAAUCUGGGACGUGAAAAAGCGAUCUCCGACAAGGGUCCUUGAGAGCGGGCUCCCGGUUGGCCUGCCUGCCAAGGACGAUGCAGCGGGCGACGUGGUGGAAAGGAUGAUGAACCUGAGCUUGCCAAAGAUAAUGAGGGGCAUUGCUGCAUCUCCAGACAGCAGGUGGCUGGGCUUUUUCAAUGCAAGGAUGAACAAAGGGAUGGUGUGGGACACCGCUGUGGGGGUGCAGGUGCUGUCUCUGGAGCUCCCAGAGGGCAGCUGCCCAUCUGGCUGCAAAGAUGUGCACCUGCUUUUCAGCAAGGACGGCAAGUUUGUGAUGUUUGGGGGUGGAUUGAGCAGGAUGCUCUUGUGGUUGCCCAGAAAUUUUGGGCCCCAAUCUUUGGCGAGCGUGCAGCUACUCGAUUUGGAGACCUUGGACCGAUCAGCACACACUCUGGACAGCAGGCGCCAUCCCACUAGCUGCAGCUUCUCAAGCGAUGGCCGAAUGUUGGGCCUGGCACAUGCAUACACGCCUUCCAUGCUUGUCUGGAACCUGGAGGACGGCGUCAAGUACACGUUGAGCAUCAAGAAUGCACCAAAGGCUAAGGAAAAAAAUGCCCUGGUAUUCAGCGAUUUCGCUAUGUCCAAAGACGGCCACCGUAUUGCAGCCUGCAUGUCUGACAACAGCGUGCUGCUGUGGGUCUUCGAGCCCUCAGGCGGUGACCAAGGUGACUAUUUUGUGCAAGGACAACUGACAAGCCUGAGGGCUGCCUUCUACCCAAAGAGAGCCAUCUGCUUCUCACAGACUCCAGAUCGGAAAGAGACCGUGGUGAUAUGCGAGGACGAUGGGACGCUUGUCUGGGUCCUCGUGGAUGAAAAGGUGGAACUGGACAGGACGUCCUCCAUCCUAGGCUACAACUUUCACUGCAAGUUCUCCCAGGAUGGUGAGAGUGGUGUACAAAUGCGGACACCCCAGAGUGUUGUUGUCUGGAACCUGGUGAGGCGGGAGGCCACAAAGACGGUGCAUUUCAACCUCAGGUUAGGUCCUUCUGGAGAAUUUCCCUUUCCCCUCAAUGUUGGUCUUCAUGGUGAGUCUGCUGUGGUUGGGCAAAUGAGGGACAGUCCAGGGAUGUUAGUAAUGACACCAGAAACCACUGAAGAGUACUUGAGUAGGAACGUGGUGGCCCUGCCGAAUCGCAUCACAGUGUCUGACUGUGGACGUUGGGUACUCACAGACGACCUGUCAGCCUCAUGGCAGCCUCCAUCCUGGGGUUCACCAAGCGGCAUGCUCAAAGGUCCGAAACCAAUGGAAACAGUGUCAGUGGGGGGCCUGUGGGUGAGAGAUGUCAGUGGAAAAUCGGAGCCAAAGAAAUUAGCGGCCCCUGACCUGGACCCAUCCAUGUUUAUUGCCAUCUCCCAGCUUGGCGACAAGGUGGCCUGCUUGACAAAGCACAAGCGCUUGAUCGUGUGGACGCCGUAUGCGACCAGUGGCUGCAUCCCUGACUACAACAUGGUGCAGGCUGGGAGGUGGGGGGCUGGGACAGUUGGGGAUGGCGUUGACGAGCUGCUGACCAGACAUGGGGUGAGUCUCUUAAACUACCCAGACGAAAGCGGAAUGAACAUUCUGUUCCAGGCAACCCAAAACAACGACAUUGACCUCAUUAGGCGGCUGCUGGCCUGGGUGGACAAGAACAAGAUGAAAAUAUCCAUGCGGACAGAUAUGAGGGGCAGCGAUGCCAAUUCCAAGAGGGCCCCAAACGCCCUCCAGCUUGCCUUGCAGCGAAGAUCACCAGAGGCAGCCCGCGUACUUGUCGAGUUUCUGAUGAGUGGAGUCACCACUGAGGCUGCCCAGGCAGAAAUCUUCAAGGAGUCGCUGCUCAAUGUCCUUCGUGUGUACCCAUCGCUAUUUUAUGAUGUGAUGUCUGACAAGAGGCUGUUCCUGACCAUUGGCGAGCACCUGGCACCUGAGAGGGCGUUUCAACACCACGACCUGAUGGCCACGCCCAGUGAGACCCUCAUACCAGCAAAGAAGUCGCUGAAGGAAAUGUGGGACAGAAGUAUUGAGGCGCGGUAUGACAAGUACCAGAGGGCCAUGUCUGUGAACAUAGAGGCCCUGGCGAAGGUCAUCCCAUACCCAGAUAUUGCGCACAUUGGGAAGGAGGGUCUUCUGAGGGCUUUGGUUGCCAAUCGCACAAGCCACCAGAUGUUUGGUGCCAGGCCCAUAGCAAGCAUGGUCGACUACAAAUGGCACAGCUAUGCUCGCGAGCUGCUGCUGGAGGAGCUGUCGCACUACGCCCUGCUUUUGGGGUCCUUCACAGCCUUCUGCAUCUUUCUUGGCCACUUGCAAGAGUUUCAAGAAACCGACGAUGCUGUUGAUGAUGUCGUGGCAGUCUUGGCUGCCAUUUCACUGCUAAUGUCGAUUAUUCUUGCCAUUUUCAAUCUCAUACGGAAGCUGUUUCAGAUCAUCACUUUAGCCAAAGAGGAGGGUUGGAAGGGAAUCUUUCUGUGGUCCAACUCACACUGGAACUGGAUCGAGACUGUUUCGUACCUUGUGGUUGUCUUCUUGAUUCCUUUUGCAAUAGUGAGGGGAGAGGCGACUCAAGAUGUCGACUUGUCCAGUCUCUCUGCAAUUGUGGUCAUCAUGCUCUGGUGGAAAGCGCUGUACUACCUUGGGCCUUUCAGAAGCACAGGCUCUCUGGUGGUGAUGAUUCGGGAAAUUCUCAAGGACAUCAUAAUAUUCAUGCUUUUGGCUUUCGGCAUCCUUUUUGGCUUUGGAACUGCUUUUUUUGUUCUGUACCGCCAUGCCCGAAGUGCAAAAGCAGAAGCAAAGGCGGCCUGCUCGAUGUUCAACGAGGGCGCCCUGGUCGGCAUAAACAGAACCGAUCCCACCAUAGCCAGCUUUUUGUCCUCUGAAGGCAUGGACUCUCUGAGCGAAUGCUUGAAGGCUGUGAAUGGCACAUCCACUGCAAAAGGCUCGUCGGUGCUGAGUGAUCUGAAUGCCGAGGAAAGCCGGGAUGUGCUAAACGCGUUUGGCACACUUGCCCGCACGUUGCUGUCAAUGUUCGGGUUUCUUCUCGGCGAUUUCGACUUGGAAACGUUGUGGGAGGCGGAGAGCUUUUCGGUGGCCGUUAUCCUGUUCAUUCUGUAUGCAGUGGCCAUGAUGAUCGUGCUAUUGAAUCUGUUGAUCGCCAUCAUGGGAGGUAAGACGUAG